CAUGCCUUCAUCAACCACUGCGUUUCCUUUGUUUCCUCUCCGUCAGUUCAUACUCUCAGGCCCGCUGACAUCUCAGUGGUUUCUGCCAUGGGAAUGCCCCUCUCACAAAGGAAUGAGGCAUCCAAAGUUGUAAGCAGACUAGCUGAGCUGCUGUCCAUGUUUAAUCCAGAGGUGAUCAUUCAGCACGUGGAUGAGGCCUCACUGCAGCACAGGAGUCUGCUGGAGGAGGCUGAGGAUCUAUCUCUGUCUCUUUUGCAUCAUCAGGAUACAGACUGGAAGUUGGUGCUGGUGUUUGUUCCAGCAGAUUCUCUGUGUACCUGUUCGCCACAGGCUGCUGCAGAAGUUGAAGCUGUUGUGCAGGAGGUGGACGCAGCUCUGCAGCUGUUGCAGCGCAGGUUGCAUCACACUUUAGUUCACACUGUGGUCUGGAGUGCACAACCUCAGCAUGACAAGUGAGUUUUGUGUCAGUGCAUGAACGACGACAACAUAAACCAACGACUGCACAGAGCCACUCUUAUACAAACACUACAGGACUCUCUUCAUCGUGUCUUGAAAAAUCCAAAGUGGCACAGCAGCAGUGAAGACUUCACAGCCUUGCUGCAGUCUAUUCCGAUUAUCCUCGAGCCAAUCUCACACUCUGUAAGUAUGGAAAGGACGGACAGCACAUUGUCUGACUUGGACAGAGUGGCUGUUCAGCUAUGGACAAACAUGCUCCAGCCACUGAAGGGUGAGGCAGAGCUUAAGGACAGCAAUGUCAUCACUAUCCCUUGCCCUACACAGGACCAACCUUAUCUGCGGACACAGAGAAAUUCCCCCGACACAGAGGAGAGAGUUCACAGCGAAGCUUCUCCACCAAUAGACCCUGUUAUGGGUACAGAGAUACCCUGCACAGACCGCAGUCCAUCUCCUACUACCCCUACUUCAGUUCAUGAGCUCAGACCUGGAGACAUCAAAGUGGUGGCGGCAGUGGGUGACUCUUUGACGGCAGCUAAUGGUGUGGGUGCAGGAACAGACAACCUUCUGUUAGUGAUAAACGAGUACAGAGGACUGUCAUGGAGCAUCGGUGGUGAUGCCAACAUUACAACUGUGACCACCCUGCCAAACAUCCUGAGGGAGUUUAACCCCUCGUUGACUGGCUUCUCAGAGGGAAUAGGUAAAGAGAACAACCCUAAGGCCUUCCUCAACCAAGCCGUGUCAGGAGCUAAGAGUGGUGACAUGGUCAGCCAGGUGCGCACUCUAGUGGACAAAAUGAAAAAUGAUGUGCGAAUUGAUUUCCAUAAUGACUGGAAAGUGAUCACCAUGUUCAUUGGGGGCAAUGACAUAUGUGACUUCUGCACAGAUAGUAUUUAUUUCUCACCCGCGAAUGUGGUGGAGCGUAUCCGUCAGGCUCUGGAUAUUCUCCAUAAUGAGGUACCUCGUGCCAUUGUGAAUCUCGUAGAGCUGUUACACAUUGUUCCACUGCGUGAUCUGCACAGUGAUAAGAGUCUGGGCUGUCCCACCUGGUUUGUAAAAUUGGUUUGCCCUUGUAUACUGAAGCCUACUGAGGGAUCUGCUGAGCUCCAGAAGGUCAAAGACCUCAAUAAAGCUUACCAGCAUGCUAUGAAACAGCUAGUUGACUCGGGGCGCUAUGACACCCACGGCAACUUCACCGUGGUGCUGCAGCCCUUCUUCAGAGAGGUCUUCCUUCCCAGACUAGAAGAUGGCCGGCCUGAUCGCUCCUACUUUUCUCCCGACUGUUUCCACCUCAGCCAGAGAGCUCACACCCUCAUGGCUCGUGCUCUUUGGAACAACAUGCUAGAACCAGUGGGUAACAAAACCUUUACCCAAGACUUCAUGGCUGGCAUCGAUUUGAAGUGUCCCUCUGAGACCAUGCCAUUCUUUAGAACCGCUCCCAACAGCAACUACACCUUUCCAGGCCCCCCUCCUACUCCUCCUCCAGUAACGAACUGGGGCAGUGACUUCUCCUGUGUUCAUGUAGCUCCAUCUGACUCUGUGCCCACUUCAGUUCACAGAUUGCGACCCGGAGACAUCAAAGUGGUGGCUGCACUUGGAGACUCGCUAACUACUGGCUUCGGGGCUAAGGCAAGGAAUCUCCUGGAAUUACGAACUGAGUACAGAGGAGUAUCGUGGAGCAUUGGGGGAGAUAAAACUCUUGAUACUGUCACAACAUUACCCAAUAUUCUUAAGAAGUUCAAUCCAAACAUCAAAGGAAUGUCAACGGGCCGAGGGAAAAAGACAACUGGCUUCAAUGUGGCUGUAUCAGGGGCUAAAAUAUCAGGAAUCCCAGGGCAGGUCAGACAGCUGAUUGAAACCAUGAAAAACAACUCUGCUGUGGAUUUUGAGAAAGACUGGAAGCUGGUGACCCUCUUCAUUGGAGGCAAUGACCUGUGCCAGUACUGCAAUGACAGGGCCUCUUUGUCACCUGCAAACUACAGUCAUCACAUGAUGACAAGCUUGGAUAUUCUGUACCAAGAGGUCCCCAGGGUGAUCGUUAACAUCAUUGAGAUCCUAGAAAUCGAAGGCCUACGCAGAGUCAAAAGGGACAGUCUUGGGUGCAAUGUGUUACAAAAGUAUGUCUGUCCGUGCUUCCUGCUACCAGGGGACGAUUCUCCAGAGCUGGCUGAGGUAAAACGGAUCAAUCGGGAACUGCAGACUAAGACCGAAGAGCUGGCGUAUGGAGGCCGUUAUGAUGACAGAGAGGACUUCACUGUGGUCGUGCAGCCCUUUUUCAGAAACUCCAUCGUUCCUUUGAACACUGAGGGGAGACCGGACGCCACCUACUUCUCUGAGGACUGCUUCCACUUCAGUGAACGGGGACAUGCUGACAUGGCCAUAGCUUUGUGGAACAACAUGUUGGAGCCGGUGGGGAAAAAGCAGACAUACAACAAUUUCACAACUGACAGAAAUAAAAUCAAGUGCCCCUCUGAGGAGCAUCCGUACAUCUUCACAAAGGUGAACAGCCAUCCCAGUUUGACCACCACCACCACCACCACCACCACCACCACGCCAGCAACCACCACCACCACGCCAGCAACCACCACCACAGCAGUCACCCCAACCUGUUCAAAGGGCGUGGACACAUGGGUUGCUGCUCUGCUGGCUGUCGUAGGUCUUGUGAUCGGCUGGGGUGUCACCUGGCUCUUCCUCUCCUGCAGGGACAAAAGAAACAAGCAGAGGAUGCAGACUAUGGUGGAGAUGAAGGCCACUGGGCUUUAA